UUCACAGUUCACAUUGGACCCAGAAAAGUGGUCGUUCUCGCUGGAUACAAGACAGUCAAGCAAGCACUGGUCAACCAUGCAGAGGAGUUUGGGGACAGGUGCAUCAAUCAUUUGUUUAGUGAAUUAAACAAAGGACACGGUAUUGUAUUUGCCAAUGGAGAUUCAUGGAAAGAGAUGAGACGCUUUGCCCUGACAAACCUUAGGGACUUUGGAAUGGGCAAGAAAGCGAACGAGGAGAAGAUCAUUGAGGAAGUUCAGUACUUGAUUGAAGUGUUUGAUGAACACAAGGGUAAAGCAUUUGACACAACCCAGGCAAUGAAUUACGCUGUCUCCAACAUCAUCUGCAGCAUUGUGUACGGCAGCAGGUUUGACUACUCUGAUCCACGGUUCCGACGCUCGGUGGAUCAAGCCAAUGAGUCCAUCCGACUCGGAGGAUCUAUUUCAAUACAGUUGUACAACAUGUUCCCAUGGUUGGGCCCAUUGCUGAAGAACAAGACACGUAUCUUGAAAAAUAUUGCCGACAACAAGGGGGAGAUGAAGGAGCUGGUGAGGGGGCUGAAGGAGACUCUCAACCCGCAGAUGUGUAGAGGCUUUGUGGACUCGUUCCUUGUCCGAAAACAGACCCUGGAGGACUCAGGCAACAUGAACUCUCAUUACCACACUGAGAAUCUCAUACAGACUGUGGCCAACCUGUUUGCUGCUGGUACCGACACCACGGGGACAACCCUGCGCUGGGGUCUGCUGCUCAUGGCCAAGUACCCCGAUAUACAGGACCGGGUCCAAGAGGAGAUAAGCAGAGUCAUAGGAAGUCGUCAGGCCUUGGUAGAGGACAGGAAGAACCUGCCCUACACUGAUGCAGUGAUCCAUGAGACCCAAAGACUGGCCAACAUUGUACCCAUGUCCAUCCCUCACACCACCAGCCAAGACGUCACCUUCCAGGGAUACUUCAUCAAAAAGGGAACUGAUGUGUUACCUCUGCUGACGUCUGUCCUGCGAGAUGAGAGCGAAUGGAAGAGCCCUCACACCUUUAACCCCGAACACUUUCUGGAUGAGGAAGGUCGAUUCGUCAAGAAGGAUGCCUUCAUGCCCUUCUCUGCAGGUCGUAGGGUGUGUCUAGGAGAGAGUCUGGCCAGGAUGGAGCUCUUCCUUUUCUUCACCUCCCUCCUGCAGCACUUUUGUUUCUCUCCUCCUCCCGGAGUAAGAGAGGAGGAUCUGGACCUCAUACCAUCCCUGGGGAUCACCCUCAGUCCUUCACCUCACCAGUUGUGUGCUGUGAGCAGGGUCUGAGAUGAAAGUCUGGGUCCAAUGUAUAUUACACACUAAACUCUCAACUUCAGACAAACACACUGCAGGAAUAUGCUGAAAAACUAUUUUGUCACUGCCCAUGGACAUGAAUGAUAUGAAUAUAUACCUGGCUACAGGGAUCUGAGGUUUAAAGUUGACUGGACCAAAAUGAACUGAAGCAGCUUUUGUAAACCAUUCGGAGGGGUUUUGCUGUCCGCGAUGCUGACACCUUUAU